GGAGCUCGGGUCGGUCCGCGCCGGGCUUUGAAGGGGGCGCGGCCGCGGCGCGCAGGCGGCGGGAGAGCCCUGAGGGAAGGGCCCGACCCUCGCGCCGGCUGCCGCCCCGCGGCGUGGAUUUUCCCGCGCGGGGGGGCGAGAAAGAUCAAAAGUCCCGUUUGGCAGAGGGCGGUGGCGGUGGCGGGGCAAUAGCCGCGCUGGCCGAGGAGCAGCGGACCGGUCACUGGUACUCAACCUGGAAACAGUUCCCUCCCUUGCAUCGGAAAUUGCAGGCGGCUUUUCUAAACGUUCGCUCACACACACACGCACACAAAACCCCCUAAAGAAACCCCGCAUGGCGGUGAGCAGCGCAGAUCAGCUAAACCCGAUAAAACAGAUGCUUUUGUGCUCUCAGAGUUGUGCAUGUGCAUUUUUGGCCUCCGCUGAAUAUACUUUUAUUGUUCUGCAAUCAACUUUUCAAUAUUCCGGAUCUGAUGUGCUAGGAGCCAGUCUUACUUCUGUGGAGGUGUUAGCACAGACAGUGAGUGAAACAAACGGUGGAGAUGCGUUUAAAGAGGGAAUAAAUCACUGUCUUGCCUAAGGACAAUGCGGUUGAGGAUGAGAAGCUGUGGCCUGGGAAGCCAGUCAAAGGGAAGAAAACCACAGUAGAACUUUCCCCGGCUUGUUUUUUGGGUGCUGGUGCCAGAAGAAAAGAAUGAUUGAUGGGAAACAGACACCAGCCUGUAGACACUCAUCCUUUUGCUUCGGAUACUGAUUUAUCAGUGCAUCUGGGCAUCCCCUGCGAGCCCUGAACACGGAGGAUCACUCAGGGUUAUCGACAGUAGCUGAAGACCUGCAACUUCACAAAUUAUUAUCUGCUGUUGGACAUCUUUUACAAGAAGCCCUGACAGAUAAGUUAUAAGACAAAGGACAAGCGCUGCGUUGCUGUGAAAGGCUGUCAUCGGGGUCUGGGUGGCUUCUACCAAAGUCUUCAACUUAGUGAAAACAAACACCCUAUCCUAAUGCUUCACGUUUGAGUUGGAACCUAUUUUACAAAAUAUAUACAUGUAUAUGUAUAUAUACAUAUAAUCUAUAGACUGCACGUACGCCAGUACUGAGCAUCCUUACGACGGUGACAUAAAAGGAUUUAGAAAUGUAUUUGUCAAGAUUCCUGUCACUUCACGCCCUCUGGGUUACCGUAUCCUCCGUGAUGCAGCACUACCCUUCCGUGUGGGGACACUAUGAUGUGUGUAAGACUCAAAUUUACACAGAAGAGGGAAAAGUAUGGGAUUACAUGGCCUGCCAGCCAGAAGCCAGAGACAUGAUCAAAUACGUAAAAGUGACUCUGGAUCCCCCAGACAUAACGUGUGGAGAUCCUCCCGAGACUUUCUGUGCAAUGGGGAAUCCCUACAUGUGCAAUAAUGAAUGUGAUGCGAGUACCCAAGAACUGGCUCAUCCUCCGGAACUGAUGUUUGAUCUCGAAGGAAGACAUCCCUCCACAUUUUGGCAGUCCACAACUUGGAAGGAUUAUCCAAAGCCUCUUCACGUUAAUAUUACACUCUCCUGGAACAAAACCAUUGAGCUCACAGAUAACAUAGUUAUCACUUUUGAAUCUGGCCGUCCAGACCAAAUGAUCCUGGAGAAAUCGCUCGACUAUGGACGAACAUGGCAGCCCUACCAAUACUAUGCCACGGACUGCUUAGAUGCUUUCCACAUGGAUCCAAAAUCAGUGAGGGAUUUAUCACAGCACACAGUCCUAGAAAUCAUUUGCACAGAGGAAUACUCUACUGGGUACAUGACAAAUAGUAAAAUAAUCCACUUUGAAAUCAAAGAUAGAUUCGCUUUUUUUGCUGGACCUCGGCUUCAUAACAUGGCUUCUCUUUAUGGCCAGCUUGACACAACCAAGAAGUUAAGAGAUUUCUUUACCAUCACGGAUCUGAGGAUAAGACUACUUAGACCAGGAACUGGAGAAAUAUACGUAGAUGAGCAACACCUGGCACGCUACUUUUAUGCAAUCUCAGACAUAAGGGUAUACGGAAGGUGUAAGUGCAACCUUCACGCUACUGGCUGUAAAGAAGAAAACAAAAGACUACUUUGUGAAUGUGAGCAUAACACAACUGGCCCAGACUGUGGAAAAUGCAAGAAGAAUUACCAGGGCCGACCGUGGAGCCCUGGUUCUUAUCUGCCUAUACCUAAGGGCACUGCUAAUAUCUGUAUACCCAGUAUUUCCAGUAUUGGUAAUCCUCCAAAGUUUGAUAGGAUAUGGCCGAAUAUUUCUUCCCUUGAGGUUUCUAAACCAAACCAAGUUGCUCCUAAAUUAGCUAUCUCAACUGUUUCUUCUGUUCAAGUUGCAAACCACAAGAGAGACUGUGAAUGCUUCGGGCACUCCAACCGGUGCAGUUACAUCGAGCUGCUCAAUACGGUCAUUUGCGUGAGCUGUAAGCACAACACUAGAGGUCAGCACUGUGAGUUAUGCAGGCUGGGCUACUUCAGAAAUGCUUCUGCAGAGCUGGACGAUGAAAAUGUGUGCAUAGACUGUUAUUGUAACCCUUUUGGUUCAGUCCAUGAUCGCUGUAAUGACAGAGGAUUUUGUGAGUGUAAGGAGGGAACAUCAGGGCCUAAAUGUGAUAAAUGUCUGCCGGGAUAUAUCUGGCACAGCUUGGGCUGUCAACCAAACGUAUGUGACAAUGAACUACUGCAUUGCCAGAACGGAGGAACGUGCAUCAACAACGUGCGAUGCCAGUGCCCUCCGGCUUACACUGGCAUUUUAUGCGAGAAGUUGAAGUGCGAAAGGGACCCAGGAGGCUGCAGCCAAAACUCCGGCCAGGGGCCAAUAUCACACAGGCCUCUCUUACUGCUGACCGCUCUACUAGGAGCAACUGGACUUUGCGUAUGCUAGACUCUGGAUGGUUGAUGGCAUCACAUUCAGGCUGCUUCAAAGGAACGUGCCACAUGAAAACAAAACAAAACCCAAGCGUUUGCUACUGAAAUUUAAGGAGGAAAAGAGAGAGCAAAAAUAACCACAUACAAACUAAGGAGGCCUAACUGAACUAAGCCAUAUUCAUCAGUUACGGACAGGGCUCUGAGUCAAGACUGUUCACCUCUGACCCGAGGCAAGUUGGCAGCUGCCUAUUCUGUCAAGUCAAUGCUAGCUGCAAAGCUUACAUAGGACUGAAAUGGCUUUGACAGCCCCCAGAAUGGGAAGAGAAUUUAAAAAACACUUGCUAUUCCUAUGUGGUGCGCUACCGUACCUCCACCCGGUGUGUGGACCGACCAAAUAAAGGCAUUCUUUGCUGUCAGUGCAUUGUGGGUAUAAGGAAAUCUGUAAAAGCUGCCAUAUUGGCCUGCUUCAGUCCCGAAUCCUUUCCAACCUGUGCUUUAGUGAACGUUGCUCUGUAACCCUUGUUGGUUGAAAGAUUUCUUUGUCUGAUGUUAGUGAUGCACAUGUGUAACAGCCCCCUCAAUAAAACUCAAGCCAGUCAUAUCCUUGUAUACCUUAGCAGCACUGCAUCAGUAAGAUGCUGUGUUCACCUACUGUACAAGAGUGGCUAUAGGACAAAAAGUGUAUUUAUCCUUUUGUAUUCAAAUGAAGUUAUUUUUCUUGAAAUAAUGUACAAUGUAGAUUUUUUGUAUUAUUGCCUAUUUGUGUUACCAGACAAUUUGUUAAUGUAUUUAAUUCUAAUCAGAUAAGAGAAAAAUAUUACUUUUUAUUUAGUCCUUUUCUUUUUCCUUUCAUUUAAUUGUGCAGAGAUUUCUCUGUAUGGGCAACGUGCUGGCAUCAAAGAAUAUCAGUUUACAUAUAUAACAAGUGUAAUAAGAUUCCACCAAAGGACAUUCUAAAUGUUUUCUUGUUGCUUUAACACUGGAAGAUUUCAAAGAAUAAAAAUUCCUGCAUAAACAGUU